UUUCUGCCACUUUCUUUCGGCACAUCCGUGAUAUCGUCAUUCAAACGUUGUCGUUCGUCGUGUCACAUCGAGUGCAAUCCGUCCAGCACUAGGUUCUAGGGAUUAAGAAGGUGCCAAUUUAUAAUUCCACGCGCUUUCGUGGUGGCAGCUCGAGGCAGUUUAACGCCACAAGCACAAGCACAAUGGUGGACAGCUUCAAACUGGACUGGGACGACGUCCUCCCUGGGAAUGGUGUGACCGUCACGGAGGAUGCGUUUGGUCACGUCGGCGACACGCCGGUGCAGAGGUUCACGCUCAGCAACGGCAGGGUAACGGCGCAGGUCAUCUCGGUGGGCGCUGCGCUGCAGAGCGUCCGCACGCCGGACAGGAACGGCAACCUGGCAGACGUCGUCCUGGGCUUCGACACCCCCUAUGGGUACCUCAGUCCGCAGAAUCCCAACUUCGGCGGCACGGUAGGCCGAGUGGCCAACCGACUCGCCAAUGCCAGCUUCACUCUCGACUCAAAGGAAUACACACUGUACCCCAACGAGGGCCGCAAUACCCUGCACGGAGGGCUCAAGGGCUGGGACCUGGCGGUGUGGCACGGAUCCCGGCACCCAGACGGCGUCACCUUCACCCUGCAGUCCCCGGAUGGCGACGAGGGCUUCCCCGGCGCGGUCACGGCGCAGGUGACGUACCGCCUCACCGAGGACAGCCGGCUGCACAUCAACAUGCAGGCCAUGAGCAGCAAGCCCACCCCCGUCGCCAUGCUCAACCACGCCUACUUCAACCUCGGCGGUCACGGCUCCGGCGCUCAGGAGGUGUACAAGACGCGACUCACCCUCAAUUCGGACCGCUACAUUGCAGUGGACGACGGACUGGUGGCUACUGGUGAGAUGCCGCACGUCGAGGGAACACCAAUGGACCUGCGCUCGCCCAGGCUGCUGGGGGACGUGCUCCAGAACACAGACUUCGACCGAAGCUUCGUCGUGACCAGAGGGGUCGAGCGACCCGACGACCUCGUCUACUCGGCCGGUGCGAUACACGAGCCUUCUGGAAGGACCCUGGAGGUCUACUCCGAUCAGCCCAGCCUUCACCUUUAUACGUGUGGCAAGCUACCGGACACGAGUGGAAAACAAGGGGCGACUUACGGAAGACACGGCGGGUUCACCCUUGAGCCGCAGUACUUCCCCAACGCCGUACAUAAUGUUCGGCGUUUUCCAAAGAUAAUUCUUCGUCCAGGCUCGGUGUACAGAUACAACAUGAUCUACAAAUUUGGUGUUCGCAAAACAACCACAGCAUCCAAAUACAAGCUUCACUACUUUGAUGUCACUGCCCUUGGUGAGCCCAUCAGAUUCCUGCUUGCCUACGGCAAUCUUGACUGGGAAGAUAUCCGCUAUGAUGAUGCCAAGUGGGCUGAGGCUAAAACAAAAAUGCCCUUUGGACAGAUGCCAAUUUUAGAUGUUGACGGCAAGAUUUAUGCCCAAUCUACGGCGAUCAGCAGGUGCCUAGCUAAGCAAGUUGGGUUGUCCGGAAAAGAUGAUCUUGAAAACCUUCAAAUUGAUAUGGCUGUCGAUCUCUUCCAUGACUUCCGUCAAAAGGUUGGUGGAUGGUUUAAUGACCCUAUUCCUGAAAGUAAGGGAGCAAAGUUGAUCCAGCUGAAGGACGAAUUGCCUUUCUACUUAAGCCGGUUUGAACAAAUUGUGAAGGAAAACAAUGGAUUCCUCGUCAAUGGCAAGAUGACGUGGGCGGACGUUUACUUUGUUGCACCCUUAAAAUACUAUAAGUACAUUAUGCAAAAGGACUUCUUGGAGGGUUAUCCUCUACUACAAGACUUAGUCAAGAAAGUCGAAUCUACUCCUGCUAUUGCCAGUUACAUUGCUCAGCGGCCCGCUGGAAACCGUUAACGUUUUCUAUUUUAACUGUUUUUUUAUGGAAAUAAAUCUGUAAUAUCAUUUUUAUUUUAAAUAAAAGACCUGUAAAAGACACACAAA